AUGAAGUCAGAUAAGGAGAAGCGAGUCACAAGAGUUCAACUUUACCAGGUUGCCCUCGUGCAGAAAUCUUUACUCGAAGGUCAAGGAGACACAGCACCACCACUUGAGUCUAAGUUGAAGCCAGGGCCUCUUCAGUCCGCCACUCGCUCAACAAAGAGGCCCACAACGCCCUCACUUUUAGAUGCCCACAAGACGGCCACUAGACGCUCGCCACGCCUCCCGGCUCUUCAAGAAACUCAAGAUACAAGUAAACUGGAGAAUGACACCAGCCCGGACAUAAUUCAACGACACGAGUCUCCAUGGGACACUUUCGAGAAAGGUUACGAAUGUGAUCUAGCCGGCACUGUUGCGCGAGUUUGA